AUGACUGUGAGAACUUUACCAAAGAUCACUAUGAGUAGAAUUUCCAACUCCAUGAGGAAUAUCCAUGGUGUUAAUACCAUUAUUGCAAGAAGGUUCUUGAAUUUCCAAACCUUACCCACCCCAAAUCCUGAUGCUCUAAAAUUCAUUAGUAAUGAAGCUGAAAUAGUCCCUAUCCCCAACAAAACAUUUGAAUUCACAUCAUCAUUACAAAGUAUUCAUUCACCUUUAGCAUAUCAAUUAUUCAAAUUACCAGGUGUCAAAAGUGUCAUGUUAGGACCAGAUUUCUUAACUGUUAAUAAACAAGAUCAUAUCAAUUGGGCUAAUUUAAGACCUGAAGUAACAGAAUUAAUGGAUAAAUUUUUAACUACUAAAGAGAAACCUGUUAUUACUAAGGAAUUAUUGGAUGAAACCUUAAGGCAAGAAAAUGAUGAAAAUGAUUCUGAAAUUGUUUCUAUGAUCAAAGAGUUGAUUGAAACUAGAAUAAGACCUGCCAUUCAAGAUGAUGGUGGUGAUAUUGAAUAUAAAGGAUUCGAUGAAGAAACUGGUAAAGUAUUUUUAAAAUUACAAGGUGCCUGUAAAAGUUGUGCAUCGAGUGAAGAUACUUUAAAGCAUGGUAUUGAAGCCAUGCUCAAACAUUAUAUUGAAGAAGUUGAUAGUAUCGAACAAAUCUUAGAUCCUGAAGAAGAAAUAGCUUUAAGAGAAUUCGAUAGAUUAGAACAACAAUUAAAAGCAAAAAGACAAGCUGAAGCUGCCCCACCUUCUUUAUAG